GACAAAUUAUAUGCAGGGCAUGACACAUGAAAAUCUUCUUGUAAGGAGUAUGUCUCGUGAUAUAUUUUCUCCUGUUAUGCAUUCUAAAAGUAGGUAGAUACGGUCAAGGUUAGUCGAAUCAUUAUAUUUUGAGUUUUAACAUCCAAAAUUUUACAAAUAUUUAAGUGACACUUAUUUAUUUUUAUCUUCUUUUUGUCAUGGUACAUUACUCUUCUUUUUUAUUAUCUCUCAAGGUCUUUAUAUUCCCUAUUUCCAUGUCUAAGAAUAUUUUCCAAGUUAGUGAAGCUGUACUACUUUAUGGUGGGUGGGAGCAGAACCGGAGUUGCAUGUUAUCGCCCUCUACAUUCUUGGGUCAACAACCGAAUUAUUUUUGUAUGACUUUUACUGUAACUAAACUCGACACAACUUGUAACGAGUUCUGGCUAUUGUUCCUUAUUAAAUUCACUUUGGCUUAUAAAAACAAAGGUCUAAUUGCCCACACUUCCCUCUAAACAUGGCUGGAAAUAUUGCAUGCAUAAACCAAGAUCAAACACUUGAUGAAACUAUAGCCUGUUUCAAUACGUUCGUGCUUAGCCACUUCUGAAUGGGUUAGGAGUUUAAGAAAUAAGAAAAUGAAGAAAACAGAAACCUGGUGAUGGCUCGAUAUUACACCAACAUGAAGAGAGUGUACAAGCUCCACGCCACGCUCAUCACAAGCGGGCAACACAACAACCCUCUCUCCCUCCGCACCUUCAUUCUCCGCUGCGUCGACUCAUCAUCACCAUCACCCUCCGACGCCGCACGGUACGCCGCCGCCGUGCUCCUCCGCUUCCCCAUCCCCGGGGACCCUUUCCCCUACAACGCCGUCAUCCGCCACGUGGCACUCCACGCCCCCUCCCUCGCCCUCGUUCUCUUCUCCCACAUGCACCGCACCGGCGUCCCCUUCGACCACUUCACCUUCCCUCUCAUCCUCAAAACCCAAACCCUAAACCCCCAUCAAAUCCACUCCCUCAUUCUCAAACUCGGUUUCCACUCCAACAUUUACGUCCAAAACGCCCUCAUCAACUCCUACGGCUCUUCCAGGUCCCUCCGCGUGUCCCUCCAACUGUUCGACGAAAUGCCCCACCGAGACUUAGUCUCAUGGUCCUCUCUCAUUUCAUCUUUCGCCAAAAACGGCUUCCCCACUGAGGCCCUUACCCUUUUCCAACAAAUGCAGCUCCGCGAGAGUGCAAUCCUCCCCGAUGGGGUCAUCAUGUUGAGUGUCAUUUCAGCUGUUUCAUGCUUAGGUUCUUUAGAAUUAGCCAUUUGGGUUCACGCUUUUAUUACCAAGAUUAAUCUUAACCUUACUGUUCCAUUAGGUUCAGCGCUCAUUGACAUGUACUCCAGAUGCGGUGACAUUGAUCGUUCUGUUAAGGUGUUCCACGAAAUGCCUCACCGGAACGUUGUCACGUGGACCGCCCUUAUCAAUGGGCUCGCUGUCCAUGGACGUGGUGAGGAGGCUUUGGAGGCUUUCUAUAAGAUGAUGGAGUCUGGUUUGAAGCCUGAUCGCGUCGCCUUUAAGGGCGCGUUGGUGGCUUGUAGCCAUGGCGGGCUCGUGGAGGAGGGGCGGCAGGUUUUCGAUAGCAUGUCGAGUGUGUACCGUGUUGAGCCGGAGCUUGAGCAUUAUGGUUGUGUGGUUGAUCUUCUUGGCCGCGCUGGCAUGGUGCUUGAGGCUUUCGAGUUUGUGGAGGGGAUGCGUGUUAGGCCGAAUUCGGUUAUUUGGAGGACCUUGCUUGGGGCCUGUGUGAAUCACAAUCAUCUUGAGUUGGCUGAGAGGGCCAAGGAGAUGAUCAACGAGUUGGAUCCUCGUCAUGAUGGUGAUUAUGUGCUUUUGUCGAACGCUUAUGGUGGAGUUGGUAAAUGGGUUGAGAAGGAGGGUGUGAGGAAUUCAAUGAGGGAGAAUAGAAUUGUCAAGGAGCCUGGAAUUAGUUUGGUGCAUGUUGAUCAAGUGGUUCAUGAGUUUGUGUCGGGAGAUAAUUCUCAUCCUCAGUGGGAGGAGAUUACAAGGUUUUUAGGCUCGGUUAUUGACACUGUAAAACUUGGAGGUUACACCCCUAAUACGUCCAAUGUGCUGCAUGACAUUCAGGAGGAGGAGAAACAGCAUUGUCUGGGCUAUCACAGUGAGAAAUUGGCAGUAGCUUUUAUACUUCUUUAUCAUAGGAAUAGAAAGACCAUUAGGGUAAUUAAGAAUCUUAGGAUUUGUUAUGACUGUCAUAGUUUCAUGAAGCACGUUUCUGGUUUCUUUAACAGAGACAUAGUUAUUAGGGAUAGAAGUCGGUUCCAUCAUUUUAGCAAGGGAUCGUGUUCUUGCCGAGAUUUUUGGUAAAUCAUGCUACUUCGAAUGUCAAAUAUUGUGUGCUAACAUUCAUUUAUCUUAAAUCAAUAAGAAUUAUUUCUAGCCUUACAUUCA